AUGGCGCAAAAGUUGGACUUGGACGAAUUAAUUUGCAAGCUAUUGAAUGUUGGCAGCCCGGGAUGUAGUCUGACGAAGACAGUUAAAGAGCAAGAAAUUAUUCAUUUGUGUUCCCUCGCUAAGGAAGUUUUCCUGUCGCAAAAUUCAUUGAUUGAGGUUGAUCCACCGAUCCGAAUUUGCGGCGACAUACACGGCCAAUAUGCGGAUUUACUUCGAUUAUUCGAUCGCGGUGGCUUCCCACCUUUUGUUAAUUAUUUGUUUCUCGGCGAUUAUGUUGAUCGUGGAAGACAAAACCUCGAAACCAUAUCUCUACUUCUUUGUUACAAAGUGAAAUAUUCGGAGAAUUUUUUCCUGCUUCGCGGUAAUCACGAAUGUAGUGUUAUCAAUCGAGUCUAUGGCUUCUUCGAAGAAUGUAAUCGUCGCUAUCAAAGUGUACGGUUGUGGCAAACAUUUCAGGAAGUAUUCAAUACGAUGCCGUUUACGGGCCUAAUUGCUGGUAAAAUUUUAUGCAUGCAUGGUGGUCUGUCACCGCAAUUGAAAAGUAUCGAUCAGCUUCGACAAAUUACUCGACCUAUCGAUCCUCCAAAUCCAUCUAUUCACAUUGAUUUGUUAUGGUCUGAUCCAGAUCCAUCUGCAAAAGGAUGGCAAGCAAACAAUCGUGGAUUAUCAUAUACAUUCGGUCCUGAUGUUGUCAUAGAAAUGUGCCAAAAAUUAGAUAUUGACCUGAUUGCACGGGCUCAUCAAGUUGUUCAAGACGGUUAUGAAUUUUUUGCAAAUCGUAAAUUGGUAACAAUCUUUUCUGCGCCUCAUUAUUGCGGGCAGUUUGAUAAUGCAGCUGCGAUGAUGAAUGUGGACGAAUCACUUGUUUGCACAUUUCAAAUUCUUCGUCCAUCGAUGAAAUGUGGAAAAGUUGUGUCAAAAUAA